CCGAACCCCGGCGCUGGGGGCGCGCAGCCGGGAGAGUGUUUGACGUGGCAGUUCCCAGCCCGGCUGCAACUCUGUGCGCGAGACCAGCCUGCGGGGACACGCACCGAGCCGCUGUGGGGGGGGAAGGCGCCGCGGGAGCAGCGGCCGCAGCGGGAGCUGGGUCUCCGGGGGUGCCCGGCGCCAGGAGCAGAGCGCAGGCUCUCGGGAGCCCGGCGGCGUGCGGGAACAGACCAGAAUCAUUCUGUAGAGCUUUCCCUUGGAAUGAUAUUUUCAUAAUGAGUCAACAAGGGUAUGUGGCUACACCCGCCUAUUCUCAGUCCCAGCCCGGAAUAGGCCUUUCUUCACCACAUUAUGGACAGUAUGGGGACCCAUCUCAUGCAGGUUCUGCACCAGGUAUGAUGAAGCCAGCAGGGCCUUUGGGGACUGCUGCCCCUGGGGGGAUGUUGCCUCAGGGCCCUUCACCUCCUGGACCCCAUCAAUUUGGCCAGAGUGGAGCUCAUGCCCAAGGGCAUCCUCCUCAAAGAUUUACAGGUCCUCCACCUGUCAACAGUGCGGCACCUGUCAACAGUGCAGCACCCUCCUACGCACCCUACUCACCUUCUGCACAAUCAUCUUAUCCAAGUCCUGCGUCCACUUCAUCUGUCACCCAACUGGGCAAUCAGUUCAAUGCUAUGCACAUCAGCAGCUAUGGUUCAGGCAUGGCUCCCCCUGUCCAGGGGCCCCCUGGCCCUCCAUCAGCACCUUCAUUCCAGGGUCCUUCACGACCUCCGCAGCCAUCCAUUAUGCAGCCUGGAUCUCAGGUUCUCCCACCACCACCUACCGCACUAAAUGGCCCUGGUGCCUUGCCCUUGCCUCCAUCUACACACAGGCAGGAUGGGCUUCCUGGGCCUCAGUACCAGCCCCCGCCUCUUCCAGGACAGACCCUGGGCCCUGGAUAUUCGCCGCAGCAGGCAGCCAACUAUGGUCUGCAGAUGGCAGGCGGGCAGCUCGCCUACCCAGGAGGCUUCCCUGGAGGUCCUGCACAGAUGGCUGGUCCACCACAACUCCAGAAGAAGCUGGAUCCUGACUCCAUCCCCAGCCCAAUUCAGGUGAUCGAGAAUGACAGAGCCACAAGAGGAGGACAGAUUUAUGCCACCAAUACCAGAGGCCAGGUCCCUCCCCUGGUCACUACAGAUUGUGUGAUACAAGAUCAAGGCAAUGCUAGUCCUCGAUACAUUCGUUGUACAACAUACUGUUUCCCGUGCACUUCAGAUAUGGCCAAGCAAGCUCAGAUUCCAUUAGCUGCUGUCAUCAAACCCUUUGCCACAAUUCCUUCAAAUGAGACUCCCCUUUAUUUGGUAAAUCAUGGAGAGAAUGGACCACUCAGAUGCAACAGGUGCAAAGCCUAUAUGUGCCCAUUUAUGCAGUUCAUUGAAGGAGGAAGGAGGUAUCAGUGUGGAUUUUGCAACUGUGUGAAUGAUGUUCCACCGUUCUAUUUCCAACAUCUGGACCACAUCGGGAGAAGGCUGGACCACUAUGAGAAGCCGGAGCUAUCUCUAGGAUCUUAUGAAUAUGUUGCUACUUUGGAUUACUGCAGAAAGAAUAAGCCUCCCAAUCCACCAGCCUUUAUCUUCAUGAUUGAUGUUUCAUAUAGUAACAUCAAGAAUGGACUUGUGAAGCUCAUAUGUGAAGAACUGAAGACUGUGCUAGAAAAACUUCCAAAGGAAGAACAAGAAGAAACUUCUGCAAUCCGAGUCGGUUUUAUCACAUAUAACAAAGUGCUGCAUUUCUUUAAUGUAAAGAGUAACUUGGCCCAGCCUCAGAUGAUGGUGGUGACUGAUGUUGGAGAGGUCUUUGUUCCUCUACUGGAUGGUUUCCUUGUCAACUAUCAAGAAUCCCAGUCUGUGAUUCACAACUUAUUGGACCAGAUUCCAGAGAUGUUUGCACACUCUAAUGAAAAUGAGACUGUCUUUGCUCCUGUCAUCCAGGCUGGCAUGGAAGCACUAAAGGCAGCAGACUGUGCCGGGAAGCUGUUCAUCUUCCAUUCCUCCUUGCCGACUGCAGAAGCACCAGGGAAGCUCAGAAACAGAGAUGACAAAAAGCUAAUUAAUACAGACAAAGAGAAGAUACUUUUCCAGCCCCAAACAAAUGUCUAUGACUCGCUGGCCAAGGACUGUGUGGCUCAUGGCUGCUGUGUGACCCUCUUCCUCUUUCCCAGCCAGUAUGUGGAUGUGGCCUCUUUGGGUCUCGUGCCUCAGCUCACUGGAGGAACCCUUUACAAAUACAACAAUUUCCAGAUGCACAUGGAUAGCCAACAAUUUUUGAAUGACCUCAGAAAUGAUAUUGAAAAGAAAAUAGGAUUUGAUGCUAUUAUGAGGGUUCGUACCAGCACAGGUUUCAGAGCUACCGAUUUCUUUGGGGGAAUUUUUAUGAACAACACCACUGAUGUGGAAAUGGCAGCCAUUGAUUGUGAUAAGGCAGUGACUGUGGAGUUCAAGCAUGAUGACAAACUUGGUGAAGAUAGUGGAGCUUUAAUCCAGUGUGCUGUGCUUUACACAACCAUCGGAGGUCAGAGAAGACUUCGGAUUCACAAUCUUAGCUUGAACUGCAGCUCCCAACUGGCUGAUCUCUAUAAGAGCUGUGAGACAGAUGCCCUUAUCAACUUCUUCGCCAAGUCAGCAUUUAAAGCAGUUCUACACCAGCCCUUGAAGGUCAUCCGGGAAAUUCUGGUUAAUCUGACUGCCCAUAUGUUGGCAUGUUACCGAAAGCAUUGUGCAAGUCCGUCUGCAGCAAGCCAGCUUAUUUUACCAGAUUCCAUGAAAGUAUUACCAGUGUACAUGAAUUGUUUGUUAAAAAAUUGUGUGCUGCUUAGCAGACCAGAGAUCUCAACAGAUGAGCGGGCAUACCAGAGACAGCUGGUCAUGACCAUGGGUGUGGCCGACUCUCAGCUUUUCUUCUAUCCCCAACUUCUACCAAUACACACUUUAGAUGUCAAGAGUACAACACUUCCUGCUGCUAUUCGUUGCUCUGAGUCCCGUCUUUCAGAAGAAGGAAUAUUCUUAUUGGCUAAUGGUCUAAACAUGUUCUUAUGGUUAGGAGUUAGUAGCCCACCAGAACUGGUCCAAGGAAUAUUUAAUGUGCCAUCCUUUGCACAUGUCAACACAGAUAUGACAUUACUGCCUGAGGUUGGAAACCCAUAUUCUCAAACACUCAGAAUGAUAAUGAGUAUUAUCCAACAAAAGAGGCCAUAUUCAAUGAAGCUGACAAUAGUAAAGCAGCGAGAGCAGCCAGAAAUGGUUUUCCGACAGUUCCUGGUAGAAGACAAAGGACUUUAUGGAGGAUCUUCUUAUGUGGAUUUCCUUUGCUGUAUUCACAAAGAGAUCUGCCAGCUGCUUAAUUAAUUGGAUCUUCUCUAUUGUUAAUGUUGCAUUUCUAAGGAGAUAAUCUCCUUCUUGGUGCCUAAUUCUCCAGAUGAUAACCGGCUAGUUUUGAUUUCUCGCUUUUUCAGAAUAGCUUUCCAAGACGACACUUAGGACUUCAGCUUUGGUGCUCAGGUAUAAAGUCAAUGAAGGUACAAUUGUACCUUUUAAAGGGAACAUUCGAUUUCUGAUCGCACAAUUUUUAACUGUUAAAAGUGAUACAGUUUGCAUUUCAUGAAAGGCAUAGUUUACAGAACUGUAAACAUUCUCAGUUUUUUUCUUUGUGCUAGACAUAUAAAUUAUUUUUCAAAAUGUAUAGAUUUGGGGUAAAAAGUUGUCUUGGCUCUCCCAUUUGCAGUGAGGGGGAAAAACAUUUUUACAUUAUACCUAAUUUUUUUUAAACCAUGUAACACCUAUUAAACGUUUUUCAACUUAAAGUUUGCCUUGCAGACUUUUAAUAACCUUGGAAUCUAUUUGGUAGAACAAUUUGUGUUCUAUGUUUUUUUCAUAAUUGUAUGUUGUGUAUGUUAAAACUAUUUUCCAGUUGUUGUUUUGUCUAUAAAACUGUCUUAAUCUAUAUUCUUAAUGGUUCUCUGUACAAUUUUGAGGGUUUCUACCUGUAAAUAAUGGAUAUUAACCGGUAUCAAUAAAUCACUUCAUAUGCUCUUUA